AUGUCUACAAGUCGUCACCAUGUUGUGUCUGUAGUGCUUGGAUACGAUAAGACCGAUUAUCAGAGCAGCCACGCCGCUAUGAACCAGCAUGUUGGUGAAAAGCCCCCCGGUAAAUCGAUGACAGCUUCAGAAAAUCUCAACAAGAAAUGCCACGUGCAGUUUGGUGAGCCUGGUACAAAGAGAGCGUUCACAACCUCCAGCAAACUUGCAGAUCCAACGGGAGAAGUGCUCAAGUAUCGAGGUGAACUAGCUAAGGAAACCAAGGACCUGCUCAUGCAGACAUCUUCAUGUUACGGAAACGACGUGGUACCGUACGUAUCGUCGACGCAACUCGCUACGCAAUGGGACAAGGAGAAGGUGACGGAAACUAUUAGACUGCGGAAUGAGAUUCGAGCUCGAACAGGCCCACGACCGACUCGAGGAAUGUCGUACGAUGACGAGAUCGAGUACGUCUCGGAAGCCAAGAGCGCCUACGAGAACAAGUUCAAGAUCCACAGACCUUCGACCAUGGCUGCGUCUGUGAAAAAUGAUCUGCGUUCAACGCACUUUUCACUGGGCCACGAGAAGCUGGACUACAAGACAUCGAGCCACAUCGAACGCCUCUCUCCAGACCAAUUUGCACUGUACGCGACUCGACCUCCACCGCUUCACGACCUGAAAAAGUCGACCGUGGAAAUCUCUUGA